GAAGCUGUUUCCUGGAGCCACCAACAUCAUCAAUCAUCGCUUCGCUGCUGUGGUGUCUCUUUUUUACGCCAUUUCACCUUCCGCAAAUAUUCGGCGAGAUCUGUUCUGUAUCUUCAGGUCGUUAAGCCUAGCUGCUACCUCUCAAGCUUAAUUCCGGAGCUGAUCUGAAAUUCUUUCAUUCCCUGCCUACCACCGACACCGGCCGCGUUCCAACGACCACCGAACAAUCAGCUCCGGCUCUUUUGACUUAAUAUCGCUUCCACCAUCUCGUCUCACAUAAAUCAGCUACAAUGGCAGACCAUUUAGCACUUCCUUCUUUUCUAACGGACAACUCCGUCGUCUCCGCCCUCCUGGAUACCUACACUUCUUUCUCCGAGCGUAGGGCAGCCCUUGGCCUGCCCAAUCCCGGAACAGUGGAAAAUGUUGGCAGGGAGGUGCAGAAGGAUGUCCUGCUGUCCAACUUCAUGUUUUCAGGUCUCCGUGCGGACCUGACGAAGAUGUUCAGUAUGGCUCCCCUGUUCCGCGUGUCGCAUGCCUUCUCCAUGGGCGGCUCAGGAAACAUGGCUCCGUACGCGUUCUCCGCUAUGUACGGAACCUCCAGUGUCUUCAUGCAGGGUAACUUCGGCAGCGAUGGUGGCCUUGCUGCCCUUUACAACUAUCGGUGGACUCCGAAGUUGGUCACCAAGACCAAUGUCCAAAUCAUGCCCGGGGCCGAGCAGGGUCUUAUCCAGCUUGAUAAUGACUACACUGGCGAUGACUUCUCCCUUUCCCUCAAGGCUUUCAACCCUUCGUACUUGGACGGUGGCCUCACCGGUAUCUUUGUUGGAAGCUAUCUCCAGUCCGUUACUCCCAAGUUGGCUCUCGGAUUUGAAGCCAUCUGGCAACGACAAGGCUUGAACACUCGCCCGGAAUCUGCUGUUUCCUACUCUGCCCGGUACAAGAGCGAUGACUGGAUUGCCAGUGCCCAGCUACAGGCUCAGGGCGUUUUCACUGCCUCUUACUGGAAAAAGAUUUCUGAGCGUGUUGAGGCUGGUGUUGACAUGAACCUCCAGUUUGCCCCUAACGCGGCUGCGAUGAUGAUGGGCGGACCUAGCAAGGACGGCACCACAGCCAUCGGCGCCAAGUACGACUUCCGGGCCUCGACAUUUAGGGCGCAGGUCGACAGUGCCGGUAAGGUCAGCUGUCUUCUUGAGAAACGGAUAGCUAUGCCCAUUGCGCUCACAUUCGCUGGUGAAAUUGACCAGGCCAAGCAAUCCGCUAAGGUCGGUCUCGCUGUCUCCCUUGAGAUCGCUGGCGAGGAAGUCAUGGAGCAGACAGAGAAGGCUGACCCCUCGACAAUGGUCACCCCUCCCUUCUGAUUGAAUCACCCGUUCCACCAAUCUCGCCGGGAGUAAUCAGGCCCAUCUGAGUCCUAGGUGGAAGGAACCUUUGCUCUUCUGAUCUACCAUGGAGCUCCUCCCUCUUCGUCCUUUUGUUUUAGUAGCUAUUCCUCCGUCCAUGUGCAUCUUUGGAAAAUGGUGUAAUCCCUGUUCAUGCAGUUUAAUAACGGGUUGUUGGUCAGUGAAGGCAGUCGCUUGGCGCCACGGUACCAAUUUUGUAUAGAUCCCUCUUCUUUCUCCUGAUUUUCUCGUUUCGUGUUAUUGUUUAUGGCUUCAUCUAUGACCGGCGACCCGUUUACUUGUUAUUCUUAUUAUCCCUUUUGAUGACACUCUUGGUUGGUCAAUGGGGUCUUACCCGGGACGCAUGGGAGCACUUGCAGAAAACUUUUCUCUUUAGUUACGCAUCAUAGAUGGACAAUGUAAAACACGUUUAUUAUCAAGGCACGGCG